UACCGCGGUGGGUUGUGGGUCAUCCUCACUCCCUCUCUCUCUCUCGGGUUCCUUCGGGCGAACCGGUGGCAGCUGCAGCAGGAGGAGGAAGAUGGGCAAGUGCCGUGGGCUUCGGACAGCCAGGAAGCUGCGCAGUCAUCGCCGAGACCAGAAAUGGCAUGACAAACAAUACAAGAAGGCACAUCUGGGUACUGCUUUGAAAGCCAACCCUUUUGGGGGAGCUUCCCAUGCAAAAGGAAUUGUCUUGGAAAAAGUUGGUGUUGAAGCUAAGCAGCCAAAUUCUGCCAUCAGGAAGUGUGUCCGAGUUCAGCUCAUCAAGAAUGGAAAGAAAAUAACAGCCUUUGUUCCUAAUGAUGGUUGUCUGAACUUCAUUGAGGAGAACGAUGAAGUCCUGGUUGCUGGGUUUGGUCGGAAAGGGCAUGCUGUUGGUGACAUUCCAGGAGUUCGUUUCAAGGUCGUCAAAGUAGCAAAUGUUUCUCUAUUAGCAUUGUACAAAGGCAAGAAAGAGAGACCAAGAUCAUAAUAUCUGUGAUGCUGCAUUCAGCUAUAAUAAAACUUUUCAUUUGACAA